CGUACCGAUUGCUGUCGCUCUCGCGCAUCGAUCGCAGGUGUCAACGGAGCAAGAAUAUUGGUCGCUGCUGCAGCUGCGAGAGUGAGGAACCCUAUCUCCCCCAUCGGAAAAUAUUAGUCCUCCUAAGAGGACAGCAGUACAUCGGACGGUAUGAAAAUGUUCGAAUGAGACCGUGAGCUCGUGUCUGUUGCCAGGGCAGAUUUAAGCGUGGAACAGGGCGGCUUCCCGGACUGUAGACAGCGGGCUCGCGGAGCGUCUUCAGCGGGGAAAGCUGCAGUCUUGCUGCCGCCGCUGCUGCUACAAUGUUCGUGCAGGAGGAGAAGAUCUUUGCAGGCAAAGUCCUGAAGGUCCACGUCUGUACUAUGGAGGGCACCGAGUGGCUGGAGGAAGUCACGGAAGACACCACUAUAGAGAAACUCAAAGAAAAAUGCUUGAAGCAUUAUGUCCACGGAAGUCUAGAGGAUCCUAAAACUCUUACACAUCACAAACUCAUUCAUGCUGCCACUGAGAGAAUUCUCACCGAAUCCAAAACAGUUGCUGAUGAAAAUCUUAAAGAUAAAGAUUGCUUAUUAUUGAUAAAGAAGAGGCCUCCACUGGCUCCACCAAAAAUGGCUGACAUAUCUUCUGAAGAGAAGAAAAAGCAAGAGAACAAAGCACCAGAUAAGGAAGCCAUCCUCAAAGCCACAGCAAACCUGUCCACUCGUAACACUGACCGUACUGUAACUCAGCACAACAUCAGAGAUUUUCAGACAGAGCUGAGGAAGAUUCUGGUCUCGCUUAUUGAGGUGGCUCAGAAGCUGUUGGCAAUGAAUCCAGAUGCGGUUGAGCUCUUCAAAAAGGCCAAUGCUAUGCUGGAUGAGGACGAUGAGGACCGUGUGGAUGAAACGGCCCUGCAGCAGCUGACUGAGAUGGGUUUCCCUGAGAGUCGUGCUGUGAAGGCUCUACGCUUAAAUCACAUGUCUGUGACCCAGGCUAUGGAGUGGCUGAUUGAGCAUGUAGAUGACCCCAUGGUUGACACGCCUCUCCCGGGACAGGACACGCCAGGGGCAGGGGCCGGAGCCGCUGCAGCCCUAUCCCCCGUCCCAGUCCCAGCACCUGCCCCUGGUCUUUCCGCUACAGUUUUUGGAGCCCGUGCCCGUCUUUCGUCCCAGGCCAGCAUAGAGGAGGCCAAACAGGACGAACUGACAGAGAUCUUUAAAAGGAUCAGAAGGAAAAGAGAGUUCAGGCCUGACUCACGGGCAGUGAUUGCGCUGAUGGAGAUGGGAUUCAAUGAGAAGGAGGUGGUUGACGCCCUCCGUGUCAAUAAUAAUCAACAGGAUGCAGCUUGUGAAUGGCUGCUAGGUGACAGAAAGCCCACCCCUGAGGAUCUGGACAAGGGCAUUGAUACCAACAGUCCACUUUUUCAGGCCAUUUUGGAGAACCCUGUCGUACAGCUUGGUCUCACAAAUCCCAAGACUCUUCUAGCGUUUGAGGACAUGCUGGAGAACCCGUUGAACAGCACGCAGUGGAUGAACGACCCUGAGACAGGUCCCGUCAUGCUCCAGAUCUCCAGAAUCUUCCAGACACUCAACCGCACGUAAAGCACACCUCAUCUCUGGAGCAGCCGGAACCACAGAAUAGGGGAAAAGGUCAAACAUUUAUAAGAGUGUGUGUGUAUGAGUGAAUGUGUGUAUGUGGCAUAACUGUUGUUUUAAGUAAAGUCACAGAAAAUGAAUGUAAAAAAUACAUUGAUGACAUUUCACACCAUUAUACAGAGGAAAAUAUCUAUUUAUAACUCCACACAACACUUGUACAAAAACAAUAUAAGCGGUAACUUAAUGAUAAAUUGCUAACUUCAUUAAUUAGCCUAGUUUUUUAUGUUUUAAUAAGAUUUGUUUUAAUUAUAUUAAGCACAUGCUUUUUUGAUAUCAUUUCUCACACACAAAAAGAAAAAAAAAAGAAAAAACAUAUCCUAGAAACACUUUUGUAUGUUUCUUGUGCUCAAAGAUCAAAUUACAACAAAAUUAUACAACACUUCACAUGGUACAUUGGUCACAACUGAAUGUUACUACAGGGAGAUAAACAAUGCAUAUUCAGCUAUAUUUAUUAUUGUUUUAAAAUCUUAACACUUUACGUAUUAGGUUGUAAGUUCCUUCCAAAAACAUAAACUGAACGUACGGUGGAAGGGAAAGCAAGCACCAGCAAUUUAAAAGGCAUUCAAGCUUUGUGGUUUCUUUAACAAUACAGAUGUUUCUGUGAUGUUGUGGAUGUUACACAAUAGCAAUUUGCAGUCCCUUACUGACAUAGAUAUGUGAUAGAUAUUGAAAUCUAACCUGAUCCCUUUGUUCCUCUUAUCUAUUUCAUUCUUCUGAUCUAUAAACCAACUAUUCAGCUGGAAACUGUACAAACGGAUGCGACUCAGUUCUGAUUCUGUUGGUUUAGAACAAAGAUGGUAUACAUGAGUUGUGGAUCUUUAGCUUAGUUUUAUCUCAGUAGCUCCUGCAUCAGGGGUUUUCCAGUUGAAGUAUUACAGUACCGUUUUAUCCAAUGUCAUCAUGAUCUCACUCACAGCCCUGCGCACGUUUAAUGUUAAUGGAGGCUGGACUAUUUUAGUUUGUACUAACCAUAAUAAAAUGGCUUUUUUCUUUUAUGAAUCGGUUCUACUACAGUACAUCCGUUUCUACAGUAUGUGUAAGUCGGGUGUGUUUAAUGACAAGUAUGAAUUAUGAGCUUAGUGUGAUUGCAGUUCUCUUAUGUCACACUUUUUACAGUGCACUUACUACUUUUUGCACAGGAAAUUCAGACUGAAUUCACAACAUUGUGAUGUACUCUUUUAUUUUAAAUUAUCUUGAAAUUCCCUGGCUUAGGUGAAAUUCAGGCAUUGGGAUUUCUUAAAGAAAUGGCUAAGUUUUCAGUCAGAAUCAAGAUUAAAAAUGUUAUUUAUAUGAUUCUGUUAUGCAUCAGAUAAAUAUACUACACAAAUGUGGUCAUACCAAACAUCAAUUUUAGAUUCAUAGAUAAUUGUGUGAAUUAGAGGAUGAAAUAUGUUGUUGUUUUUUUUCUUUUUUCUUUUUUUUUUGGUCAAGCGUGGAGUGUUUUCAUUCAAUAUUUGAAUCGUGUUGGUGUGAAGUGUGUGCUCAGGGGUUUCUUAGCCAUACCGGGCAAUUAUCUGCUAUAGUAAUGCCUACUUUAUCAAUACAAAUAACAGUAGCUUAGUGAUUGCAUUAUCAAAGAACUCUAUGAAUAUAUCUGAAAACUUAAUCUUUAAAUGAAAACUUGCUAUCCUUGUGUGAUUUAUUUAUUUUGAGGCCAAAUAUAGUCAAUCAUGAAACCAUCCCUAGAGAGAUUACUGUACUGUAUGUCAAUACCAUUUUAGAUAACCUCACCUGGUACACUAUGUUCACUUCACUGUCUGAGUGGCUUCUAAUGUACUUAAAGAUUAUGUACUUCAACACACAAUAAGAUUAUGUUCUUCUUUUUUUUUUGGUAUUGAAAGAGGUAGCUUAUAUUGUUUUGGAUGACUAGAGAGUAAAGGCUUCUAUGCAAUUCAAUUUCUUUUUUGUUGCCUCAACAGAAAAACAACAGGCUUCAGUAUCAUGAUGCAUUUGUAAUAUAUGAGUAUUUGAUGUGCACUUUCAUAUCAUAUAUUUUUUAAAUUUGAAUCAAAUGUUGGUUUCAUCAUGGGUAAGCUCUGUUAUGUAGAAAGUGAUAUAUGAUUUUAGGAUUUUAUUUUUGAUGGUCAUUCAUUUACUAUUUAGAAAUGCUUAUAUGGUUGAACAUAUAUUUUGGAAACUGAAUUGUCAACACCUUGAAGGAAUAGUUCACUUACCUAAAAAUGAAAAUUCUGUCACCAUUUACUCACAAAAGAAGGUAUUUUGGUAGCCAAACAGUUCUUGGACCCCAUUGACUUCCAUUGUUUUUUUUUUUUUUUUUCUGCUAUGAAAGCCAAUGGCAUUCUUCAAAAUAUCUUCUUUUGUGUUCAGCAGUAUAAAGAAAUUUAUACAGAUUUGAAACUCGAGGGUGAGUAAAUGACAGAAUUUUCAUUUUUAAGUGAACUAUUCCUUUAAAAAGUGUCAGAUUUGUUUUCUCCCUCAUUUGAAAUAAGGUUAUCAGGUUACAAAGGUUAUGGUGAAAUGUCUUGAAUGUUUGGUGCUCUUGUGUUACCAUUUUACUUUUGUGUCCUUGCUCCGUGUACAAUUUCACAUAGAGCCCCCACUGUCGGUGAGCUGAAAUGUAAUUAUUCUCAAUCCAAUUGUUGAAAAGUCUUUCAUGACAAAUAAUUAAAAAAAAGUUUUGAAA